AUGGGAACAACCGCGAACGCAGCCGAUCGCCCUGCUACCACACCACUCCACCUGACAUUUAGUGGGAUCCUGCCCACCAACACUGCCUUCACCUUCUCCGCCCCGACCUUAGGGGGGCCUCUUUCCUUCUCCGCCGCUUCUCCACCGACCUGGGCAUUUCGCCCUACCCCCAAGCGUCGACGCAUAUCGUCCGAUCCAUAUCCUAGAAAGAAGCGGCGCUUGAGACUGAGACUGUGCACAUCACGACUUUCCCUACCGUUCUCGUCUCCCCCAACCUAUUUAGUCGAUCGAGGCAGUUGCCGGGUUGCCGUCCUCGCGAAAAUGGCCGCCGCCGCAGCGGAGAAAGAGUGGGAAGCGCAGAGGAACUGGGCGGCGACAGGGAAGGGCGCGGGGAUAUGGGCGGCCGGAAAGGGAAACGCAGGAGGAAUUGGAUCUAUCCCCGCGACAUGCCGUCUUGGAGUGGGCGCGGUUGCGAAGCGGCAUCGACAAGGAGGGCUCGGACGGUUUGCGUGCCUGAACCGGCGGCGACAGAAGCGGUGCGGGGAAUUGAGUUCGUUGGCGACGCAUCCGGGUCUGCUCUUGGAGUGCCGCGACGUGAUGGACUUGAGUUCCGCCCAUGAGGACGAGCACGUCGCGAGCCCGAACUUCACGGCCGAUUCAUCCACCAUUUCUGACAUCAGCGAUUCCGCCACCACGGCCACCACACUCACGAGAAUAUCUCUGAGUGCGUCUGAAGGUUACCCCUUCUCCACCGUCUCUCGUACUCUCAACCCUGACCCCACCGUCUCUCCAAACCUCGCCUUCUCCACCUCCACCCUCUCACCCUCCCCCACUUACCCCAACUUCCUCCCCCCAAACCCCCUCUCUACCGCCUCCCCCCUCGGCCUCUCCAACUACGACGCCUUCGACCUCGACGACGACCUCGACACCCCCUUCCUCCCUGAUCCCGACACCAACAUGUCCGGCACCGACCUCUGGCCCGCCCGUCGCACCCGCCCCUCCUCCAACCUCUCCUCUCCGGACCUCGCAGCCAUGUCGCCGCGCUCCGCCUCCGCCUUGGCGGCCAGUAGCCCGGACAUCGUGGGCCAACGACCGCGUCCUGGAUCCCCCGAGCGCGGCGUCCCGCUCUCGCAAACGCAGCCGCUGUCGCUCGGAGACGCGGGGUUGGCUACCACCCCGCCAUCCAGCCCGUUCAAAUCCACGUCCCCGCAGCUUCCAGCAGUCGCGCUGGCUGGGGCUCCAUGUCCGGGACCCCCCAACCCCAACCUCUCCAGCGCGCCGACACCGCGUUCUUCAGGAGUCGGCGUGAAUCCGAACCUUCGUUUCCUAGCGGAGUUAGGGUUGUUGGAUGGGUGGGAAGAGUUGGAGAUGGGGGCGGGGAUGGAUCCGGAUCGGGGGGAGGGGGAGGUGAUGCGGAUGGGGUGGGGUGGGGUGGUGUGA